AUGCGGUACCAUGUCGUGUCUUGUUGGAAGGUGCCAAUUUUGUUAAAAGAUUCAAAGUAUUCAAUAGUAUAUCACCAAGAUGAACAGCUUGCAGUAAGGAGCUCAGCACAUUGGUAUCCCUCGCAAUUAGAACAUAUCCAGGAAAUGUCGAAACUGUUUAUACCCACGGCCAAUGUCGGUAAGGCGCACGAUGCGGACAUUUACGCCGUCUGCGUGACAAAUCCGUACACUAUAACGUGCAGCGGGGACGGAUACAUUAAAUUGUGGUCUAACAAGCUGAGUGAGGAUGACGCUCUGGCGAAGCUGACACCAGUAGCGACUCAGCAUGUGCAUGUAUCCGGGCUGCACCAUGUGGACGCGUUUUACUCAGCGGAGAGUUUCGGGACCGUGCUGAUCGUCGCUGCUGUGUCCUUCUCCGGUGACAUAUUCUUCUACAGGAUCGUUAACGACGCAUUCCAGCCUUUCACAGGGCUGCUAACCGCUCAAGAGAAUAAGAAGUCGUAUUGGGCUGUCAAGUGGGUCAAAUCUGAUGAUCUGGCCGUCUUACACAGACUCGCCGCGGUAGACGUCAAGGGGACCACAUACGUCUGGCGGCUCACGGUCUCAGAGGACGCAACGUUCAACUUGGAAUCCCAGGGCCAGAUACCAUGCGUGGGUACCCCAACCCUUGGCACCUGUGUCGCCGUCUCGUCCGCUAUGGGGCUUCUGGCCACCGGGUUUGCCAACGGGACUGUUGUAGUCUUCCAAUUGAGCACAUUGAGGCCGAUAUACACAUUCGAGAGUUUCGGGAUGCACGGCACGGAGCAGAACAGCAAUUCUGUGCGUUGUUUGGAGUUUUCGCCAAAGGGGACACUCCUCGCGGUCGGAAACGAUCUUGGGUCCUUUGGAUGCGUUACUCUUUACGAAACCGAGUUCGGCGAACGCAUCGGUAACUUGAGUGUCCCGACGAGCACGAACCUGGCCGCGAGGCAGAAUACCAGCGGUAGCAGCGUGGGCACAUUUGCGCAUAACGGGUGGGUUUUUGGCCUGUGCUUCAAUUCUUCUGGGGAGUACUUGGUCACCUGCGGGUACGACAGUAAACUACGUGUGUGGGACGUCAAAGAACGUGACAGAGUCUGUACUUUGAACAUAACAGCGGGUGAUAUAGAGCAAGAAGACGAGAUCCUCUUGGAGGACGAAAACGGUGACUCGUUGAAGUACCCGCCCAUCUUCGACGUCCAAUACUUCGGAAAGGGCGUCCGUUCUGGGAUGGGCAACGAAACAAACGAGGGGAUCUGUUGUGUCUGUAUGGACAGGAGUAUAAGAUGGUAUAGAGAGGCCGGAGGCAACUGA